AGGGUCAGGAAUCCACUAGACAUCGACACAGCUGCAUUCGACUCGAAAAAGUACCUGAAGAAGCUGCUGGUCGAUAAGGGCGUAGCAGGACUACUGGAGGCAGACAAUGAGCUGGUGACCGAGAUCAGGCAUAUCGACGGAGACAUGAAAACAAUGGUGUAUGAAAACUACAGCAAGUUCAUUAGCGCAACCGAGACGAUCCGCAAGAUGAAGGAGGAUGCCGAUUACAUGGAUGCCGAGAUGGAGAAGCUAACCAAGCGAGUCAACGAGAUUUCC